GGACCUCACCACGUCAUUUGUGGCACGUGAGUAAUCGACCCCCCGGUGCAAGGGCGUACAACAUCUGUUCCCACGAUGAGGUUGGGACUGGCGAUUUUAUAAUCUAUAUUUCCGUUGUCGUACAGCGUACCAUUACGCCGUGAAACACAGUCCGUUCGCUAUGUUCGGUGGACUCGCCAAUUUGCUUCAGCCGUCUGUCAUUGGCCCGCCGCCAAAUGAUGUUCCGCCGGCAACGCCAGUAGAAUUUCCAGAGUAUACUCCACAGUCGCAAGGGGGUGAUUCGCGGCAGCGGCCUCUGAUACACUUCCUGCAAUCAUUACACCGCCCGGCGGACCUAAGCGAGGCCCAUUUUGCGGCCCUUGGUGUUGAGGUCUACAGCGAUGUGCCGCCUGAAGAUAUUGUACCUGAUUCGUCUUUCCUCCCUUCGUCGUCAUCAAAAUGGGACAGUAUCACCCUAGACCAAGUUGGGGCGAAGGAUGCGACAUUCCGGAUACCACUAUCCAAUGGAAAUAUGUCGCCGGAAGCGAGAGUGUACCUUGAGAGGCGUAAUGAGCUGUCUAUAGACAAUCAGACUGCGUUCCGGACUGUACGCCGCCUGCGGCCUGAGCCCGGUAUGAAGACAGCAAGGCUAGGUAACUCAUAUGAGUUCUACAGGCAUCUAGAGCAAAUGGCCGGUUAUUGGGACGACACUUCACUCCCACCAGUUGAGAGCGCUGAAUCUGACGUGAAGAAAAGAGACCACCAAAAAGACCCAUUGCCCAACCCUCUCGAUGGAAGUCUGAAACAGGUGCGGCUCGCCGUCACGGAAACAGCAACAAGCGCAAAGCCCGAAUCGCAGCCAGACAUGAAAGAGACGCAAGAUAAAUCAACAUGGCGUGUUACAUACCGGACUGCUAGUGGAAGUACCAUGCCAGCUGAGAUUAGGCACAACAUGGUCAGCUUCUUUGUUAAGCUCGUAUCCUACGACUUCGGUUGUAAUAUCUCGGGACCCCGCGUCGAGCCACGCGUGCAGCUUAUCGAACCUUCAGACAGUUGCUCUACUCGAGAUCCGGUCACCUCCUAUUUCCCGUCAGGUUGCGUCUUUGUGGUUCGGAUACCCACCACCCGUGAGGCGGCACGGUCUGGCAUCACCGAAGGACCUUUGGGCGCCGUUUCGGCGCGCAACGUCACGACCUUUGCUACGCUCGCCGAGAAGAGAAUCGACUUCGGACGCGAGCUGGUCGCCGCACUCGUCACGGCACAGCAUCGCGCCCGCGAAGGCAAAGAGGAGCAGCGCUUCGGCGAAGGCAAGUGGUGGGCCACAGCCAAGCGCUGGGGCGGGGGGGAAGGCGGGCCCAUCGGCCGAGAGAUCGAGAGCAGCUCGGGCGGUGGCGUGGUGGGCGAUAAGGACAGGAAACCAAGCGAAUCGUCUACCAGUACCGAGAAGCCCUCGCUGCACGGAAGCCCCACUUCCAGCUCAUCACCCGCGACGCAGCGUCCGCAGUCACCACCAAAACCUAUCUCUCCCUCGUCCGGCUUGCCAAUGCACAGAGCAGCCGCGCCCGCCUCCAGUAAGAGGCGCAAGGGUGGCUCGCACCAGAGCAUGUAUGACAAGUACCGCCAGGUCAGCCUGCCUUCUUCGAACUGGGACAAGAAGGCGCGGUAUCUCGCCAUCGGCAAGGUCCCAGGUGCCAGCCAUGAUGACGUGUUUGUCAUUAGCAGCAUGUUCCAUCACGUCUCCGUUUUGAGAGUUCGCGUGCCGCAACGGCUGUUGGACGUGCUGGCAGGGGCUGCUGACGAUGAGAACAAGAGCGGUGAGCGGAGCUGGGGGAAACUCGAGGUCUGGCGGAGCAAAUGGUUUGAUUUGUUCCUGGUUGAGGACAGGCUGGAGGCGUUGAGAGUUCUCUGGGGUGUCAAUGCGUGGUCUAUGCGAAAGGUUGAGGGCUGAGGAGAUGGCAUAAUAGGCGAUAGUAUAAACGAGCUGUCCACUAUACAAGGCUUAGGGUGCAAGGGAAACCGGCGCUGAAUACAAAGAGAAUAAGCCAGAUUCGUGGAAAGUUUAGAUGCUGUUUGAGUAGCAAGCAUCAUCUGUAUAUGUUGAACUGGAAUCCACUCUGCAAGCAUUUCGGCAGAUGCCAUAUCAUGCUCAU